GUGCCUGGUGGGAGAGUUAGGAUAACCGCCGCUGCCGGCCGUGGUCGCCAUUUUGUCCGUCGCCGCCACCGCCCGUGGUCGCCGACAGCCAUCCAGCCAGCGCUGCUCACUUCAGACAUGGCAAGCCCAGUAAAAGACAAUUGCAGAAUGAAAAGCUACAAGAACAAAGCAUUAAACACUCAAGAAAUGCGAAGACGACGAGAGGAAGAGGGAAUUCAGUUACGAAAACAGAAAAGGGAAGAGCAGUUGUUCAAACGCAGAAAUGUGGCUGUUCCUGGAGAUGAUGAAGUCAUGUUUGAAAGCCCCAUUCAGGAUCCUGAUAUAAGUUCAACUGUGGUAUCAAUGCCAGGGGAAGGUGUAAUCACAGCUGAAAUGGUACAGAUGAUAUUUUCAGAUGAUCCUGAUCAGCAGCUUGCUGCCACGCAGAAGUUUCGGAAAUUGCUUUCAAAGGAACCCAAUCCUCCCAUAGAUGAAGUUAUAAAUACACCUGGUAUUGUGCCAAGACUUGUGGAGUUUUUGAAACGGAAUGAGAAUUUUACCUUACAAUUUGAGGCUGCAUGGGCUUUAACAAACAUAGCCUCUGGAACGUUUCUCCAUACUAAAGUUGUUAUACAAGCUGAUGCUGUACCGAUCUUCAUUCAGCUGUUUAGCUCCGAAUAUGAGGAUGUGCAGGAGCAGGCAGUCUGGGCAUUGGGUAACAUUGCUGGUGACAAUGCUGAAUGCCGAAAUUUUGUGUUGAACUGUGGCAUUCUUCCACCCCUUUUACAGUUGUUAACCAAGUCCAAUCGACUUACUACAACAAGAAAUGCUGUGUGGGCUUUGUCAAACUUGUGCAGGGGCAAGAAUCCACCUCCAGAUUUUGAAAAGGUAUCGCCCUGUUUAAACGUAUUAUCAAGACUGUUGUUUAGCAGUGAUCCUGAUGUUUUGGCUGAUGCCUGCUGGGCCCUUUCUUAUCUUUCUGAUGGACCCAAUGAGAAAAUACAAAUAGUAAUUGAUUCGGGAGUUUGUAGGCGAUUAGUGGAACUUUUGAUGCAUAAUGAUUAUAAGGUGGUGUCACCUGCACUGAGAGCUGUAGGAAACAUAGUUACUGGAGAUGAUAUCCAGACACAGGUCAUUUUGAACUGCUCUGCCUUACCCUGCCUACUUCAUUUGUUGAGCAGCCCUAAAGAAUCAAUAAGAAAGGAAGCUUGUUGGACAGUUUCAAACAUUACUGCAGGAAACAGAGCACAAAUCCAGGCAGUAAUAGAUGCAAAUAUUUUCCCAGUGUUAAUUGAUGUUCUUCAAAAGGCUGAAUUUCGCACUAGGAAAGAGGCUGCUUGGGCUAUCACAAAUGCAACAUCUGGUGGGACUCCGGAACAGAUCAGGUAUUUGGUAGAAUUGGGCUGUAUCAAACCUUUGUGCGACUUACUUACAGUCAUGGACUCCAAAAUUGUCCAGGUUGCUUUGAAUGGACUAGAAAAUAUUCUACGGCUAGGAGAACAAGAGGCCAAGCAGAAUGGAACUGGUUUCAAUCCUUAUUGUGCCCUUAUUGAGGAAGCCUAUGGUCUGGACAAAAUUGAAUUUCUUCAAAGUCAUGAAAAUCAGGAGAUUUAUCAGAAGGCCUUUGACUUGAUUGAACAUUAUUUUGGGAUAGAGGAGGAGGACUCAAGCAUUGCACCACAGGUGGAUGAGAAUCAACAACAAUUCAUCUUCCAGCAACAAGAGGCCCCAAUGGAAGGUUUCCAGUUGUAAAUGCAUGAUUGGUGAAAUUGUCUAUGAUACCACCAUUGCACCAUAUUCAUAACUACAAAUCCUCAGAGCCAAAAUUAAAAAGCUGUUGUAGAUGAAUUUAAAAUUAGAAAGAGCAAAAAUGUGAGACAGCUUAUGCACUUUUCUAUUUGCAGUUUAAUAUGUAAUUUAAACUGCGGCUGUUGAUUUUUAUGUUGCAUAUUUAAUGUUCAUUUAGGUAUCUUGAGUCAUAGAUCUGAAUUAUGUAUCUGAAUUGCUCAAAAGAAAAGGUUUGGCCUAGCAGAUACAUCAAUAUUUAAGCUGAAAUUACAGCCAUCAAAUAGUACUAUUUCAUUUAACUGUUUACAGCCCUAAUUUAAGCAGUAUACUUAUUUAUUCUUUGUUUCUAGAGCCUCAAAAUACUGUUACAGGGUGUGGUUUCCUUUGUGUUGAAUAAUGGAAUUUAAGUCUAAAUCUAUUUGACCAAAAUUAUUUCUAAAGUCCAAAAAGUUUAUGCUCUCAUUUACAUUAAAAAAAAUACCUGGUUGAGCAAAUUUAACCUAUCGUGGCAACUUUCAACACUAGUGUCUCUAAUGAGUUUAAAGGUACACCCCUGCUGAUAUAUCUACCUCUUUAAAUUAGGACACAAUUGUUUAAAAGUUAUUGACUUAAAAUAUUUGUUAACAAUACAAGUUAAUGUGAAUGAAAACAGUAAUUAUCAGCAUUUGUUAGUCUAUAUUUCAAUAUGAAAACCUGUAAAUUUAUUUAUAACUUUCUAAAAAAAAAUUGCACUCUGAACAGGAGACGUGAAAUUGUAGCACUGCUGACUAUACAUCAUGUUGAUAAUUUCAUUAGGUGUGUUUAGAAUUCCCUAGUAGGUUCAUCCAAUGAGGAAUACCUGAUUAAAAGCUAAAUUUGUUCCUCUUCUCCCUCCCAUCCACUCUUUUGCAUCUUCUAUCCUCUUUCCUCCCAGGAAAACAAUAGAUUAAACUGAAGGGAGGUGUAAUCAUUUUCCUCUUGUAAAAUGUGUUUAUUAAUUAGGCAUUGACAGAAGAAUUUUGAAAAACCAAAUAAGUGCUGAUUACUGAUUUAAUAAUGCAUAAGAGGGAUUUCACAACUAAUCUGUUUGGUCUUGUAUAUUACCUUUUUUAUUUUUCUUCUUCACUAGCACUACUACUGAUGGUCCCUUGGGGUGAUAUUUCUGUAAAUGCCAUAGUUCAUUUAAUGAACAUGUAAAAAAUAGUAGAGUAACUUUCAUCGUUAAAAUGGUUAAUAGGUACCUAAUAAGUUUUAAAAUGCUGAUUAGAAAUCUAAGGUCAUGUCACCACAUUGACAUUAAAGAAUGAAAAAUGGUGGCAAAAGUGAUCCUUGAAUCUUUCAUUUGUAUUCUGCAAUUUAAAAUCACAGCCACAGUUUCAGAUACUAUUUCUUGGGUGUUGCAGCAGCAUUAAAAUUUUCUUUCUAUCAGAUCAUUAGGGCCUGCAAAGGACAACCUUUGGUGAUAAGAAUGUUGUACAGUGAUUUUGAUUUAUUUUGUAAAGAAAGUUUUGAAUUUUGCUCUUGCAGGUUCAGUGUAAAUAUGCAAACAUCACUACUUUCAUGUUACUUCUCUCCUAAAAGCCAUUGUUUAAAAUGGGCGACUGUCGUUUAAAAAUUCGACAUAAUAAAUUUUGGUUAAAUCUUGAGGUUCAUAACUUAGUUCUAUCCUGUACUCUGAAUUUGAUUUAGUAAUUCUCGUGUAUUUUUACAGCGUGUCAUAAUUUAGUUAAUUUUACUGUUCUACAAUGUUGAAAUGAAAAUGGGAAGUAAUGGCUAAAAAUUAUUGGUGAUAUCAACUGAAUGGGUUAACAUGAUGUUCAACACCUUCUUUUGCUAUUUUAACGGAACCCAUGUGUUACUGAUCAUUCACAAAUGUUGCCAACAGUAAUUCUAAAGUGAAAGGGAACAGAUUGCUAAUCUGUGUUGGUUGAAAGUAUAAAACAUGCCAAAUUUGCAUUAUAAUUAAAUGUAACUGAUGUACAGUGGCAAGUGUGUAUAUAAAGAGAUAUUUGGAAAAACUUUAAAAUACUCCUUGCUCUGUUACUAAAAUACAUAGUUAUAAUUAGCUAUUUCUUUUUUUUCACUACAGCUGAUGAUGCCUUUCAAUGAAAAGUGUCAUCUGUGCUGCAUGCCAUUCAUAGGUUAUGGGGAUUUUUGUUUUAAAUAGUAGUUAUGGCUGAAAGCUUGAAUUUGGCUACAACUCUAAAAACCUAUGGAACAGUAAUACAAAAUUGCAGUGUAGGAAACAUUUCCACAUACUGUUUUAUGCAUGGUUAUUUCAGUUUCAUAACAGAUCACCAGUGCUCCAUCAUAAAAUUGAUUACAGUCGUCACUACUUUUGAAAGAUUACUCUAUUUCAUUUGCACAGUAUUUAACAUGACCAAAUAUUAGCUUAAAAUCUCUAACAGUAUUAUGUUGAAAAAAAUGUCCCGUUAAGUUGAUAUUUUACGAUAAACCUCACGAGAAACUAAUCUGACUGGGAUAAAACUGUAUAUAAAAAUUCUAUAAAGGGAUACUUUCUAUUUUGUCUUAACUGAAAUAUUCUCCUCUUGCCUCAAGUUCCCAUGCAAAUUUAGUGUUUUGCUUGGUUUCCCAGUCGGUAUCCCUGCUAUAGAAUUGAGAAGUCACAAUACAAGUGCUGAUUUGGCAAAAAGCCAAAAUAAAUUUUGGCAUUGUGUUGUUGCUUUUGUUUGCUACAUUAGCCACAUGUCCAACUGAAUGCCUCAUUUUGAGUUAAACUUUGUAUUAGCUACCUUGCUGCAUUUUGCAGUGUGUAUGUUGUGUUAUAUACAAAAUAAUGUGAACCUGAAAACUAAUACUGUGCUAGAUGUAUCAGCAGAAAUAUUUAAGAGCUUCAUUUAUUAAACAAUAAUUACAAUACAUCUUUACCAGCAAUAGUUGCAUAAAUCAUAAGUUUCUAAAGAUUUGAAAAAUCUGUGCUCUAAAUUGACAUAUCUUCAUUAAAGCAAAUGUUUUUGUGUGUGUGUAUAUAUUUUUUUACAAUGACCAGAGCUUGUACAAUUUGACAUGAGUAUAUUCAUCUUUUUGGAUCUAUUUUCUUUCAUUUGGAAUUACUAUCACUCCUGUUGCUGGCAACAGCCUAGGAAUCAACAGUCCUGAAUUCCCUUUCCUCUUGUUCCAUGCUCCAUAUUCUCCUUUAAUUUGAAUUUGUGUUGGAACAAAAUUAAAUUAAAAUACUGUCAAAUUGGCAAGAAUUAAUACCAUGCAAAAGAUCUCCGAUCUGUUUUGUGCAUUUUGUAUAUGUGCAAAGAAUGUUGCAUUUUUUCCUUCCACUUUUGGACUGGGGAAUAGUUUUCUAGUGAAUAUCUUGCAAGCAUACUCAAGCUAAUUGAUUAUUCAGUUGCAUUGAAGUGUAUUGAAUUUGAAAAUAUCUGGAAAGUGAAAAUAAAAUCCAUUCACAUGA